CCGCUUGAGCCCUGGGCGCGCUUUUAAGAUCGACCACCGACGGUUAAUUUGUCGCUUCGUGUGGCAUUAUUUGUCUUUUAAACCUGAAAGAUGCGUUAUAUAAACAAAGUAACGGUCAAGGGAUGAGACGCGACGUAACUGCCCCGUAAUGGCACUAGUAGUCGCGUGCUGUCUGUCGACCGCAACGCCGCGCUUUAUGGACCCUAUUUGGAAUUAAUUCCGCGAUCGGGGGUCUUUGUUAUAGUGACUUAGCCGGCUUGGGAGCCACUGCCAAUGCCCGUGUUUUUCCUCUGGAGUGAUUUGAAGUUAGCUCGCCAGCCUAGCAACAACACGCCGCGCUUCUGCCGGUGGGCAGCGAGAUGAUGAUGAUGAUGAUUAUGACGACGAGAGAUGGUGUGGCCCGUGGCUCCCGUUAAUUGUCUUUCACAUGGUUCCAUUUUUGCUAUGAUUGUGGCUGGGCGAAGAAUGAGCGGCCCCACACCGUAAAAAUAUGGACAGCAAAGAAUAAGGCUACCCGACCGAGACAGCGGGGUGCCGGAUCAAGCUUUUCUGUUUAAAUCAGCUAGCAAGCUUGUUAGCGGAUUAGCCACACGGCCAGGUCUCGAUAGGGAUCUCCGCGUCCCUCAUUCGGAGUAUAUCCCCCAUUCCGACCGCUUUUUAUUUUUUUUAUUAUUUGCUUUCCUGCCUUUUUUCCCUUCUCGAAGCGCCCCGUUACGAUGGGCGCUCACACCGGGGACGUGGAGCCCAUGCCGGGAUACUUGGAGCUCAUCAACCGAGCCUCCGGCGUCAUGCUGAAAUCUUGGAGAGACUGCAGCCAUUGCGGUGUGGAGCUCACCACACGGACACUCCUGGAUCACGCGUACGUCACCUGGACCGAGAUAGCCCUGUUCCUCUUUUGCGCAUUUUUGUGGACGCAGAUCAGGCGGGGGUUGACAGAAAGUCUGUUCGAGCCUCUGGCACGGUGGUGCAGGUUGCUGCCCAAAGAUGCCGCCAAGAUGCCGGAGAGUGCGUGGAAGCUGGUCUUCUACACCAUGUCGUGGUGCUACAGCACCUACCUGCUCUUCUUCACCUCCUACCCCUUUUUCCACAACCCACCCUCCGUCUUCUACAACUGGAAGAGUGGAAUGUCAGUGCCUAUAGACAUCGCAAUCGCCUACCUGAUCCAGGGCAGCUUCUAUGGUCACUCCAUCUAUGCCACAGUUUACAUGGAUGCCUGGAGGAAGGACUCUGCUGUCAUGGUGGUGCAUCACAUCAUCACCCUGGCACUCAUCUGUUUCUCCUAUGCCUUCAGUUACACCUGUGGUCUACAAGCCGUAGUAACACCUUGUAGGUACCACAACGUUGGUAUCCUGGUGUUGUUCCUCCAUGACGUCAAUGACAUCCAGCUGGAGUUCACCAAGCUCAACGUCUACCUGAAGUCAAGAGGAGGAGGCUACUUCCUACUUAAUGACGUGCUCGCCAACAUGGGCUCGGUCAGCUUCAGCAUCACCUGGUUCUGGUUCCGUCUGUACUGGUUCCCCCUCAAAGUGCUGUAUGCUACCUGCGUGUCAGUCCCCAACAUUCCCUUCUACUUCUUCUUCAACACUUUGCUCCUCGCCUUGUUGCUCAUGAACAUCUACUGGUUUUUGUUCAUCGUCAUAUUCGUAGUAAAAUUGCUGAAGAUGAAUGAGGUGAACGAUGUCAGGGAGUAUGAGGACGAGGAGGGCUCCAAGGCAGCAGCGAGCCUGCUCAGAAAUCCUAAGGCGGCAGCCACAAAUCGCGACAGUGAUCACCCCAAUGAUGAUGCUGGACAUCACAACUCUGACGAUGGGAAGCACGUGCAGAAUGGCGUCGCAAAGGAGAAGCGUCUAUGAAGGGCAGUGCGGCGCCCCCGCCGGGCAGGAGGCCGCGAGAGGAGAGGAACACCACCACUUCACGCACACGCACACACACGUAUACACUUAACAUCCUUAAGUAUUUCCUGUUGUUUUUAUUCGAGCACUGCGAAUGUUACCUCUUCGAGGCCGUGAGCAACAGAUUGUCAGGGGAGUGAGAUGUCACAUGAUCUGAUCAUCUUUUGAAUCCCCCCUUUUCCAAAUCAUCCAACCCCUUGCUUACUUGAGUUGACUCUCAUUACAAGGGUCUGCGGUGGCCUCCGGCCUCUGUUAGCCACAUUAGCGUGUGCGCGUGUGAGUGGAGAAAGGAUGCCGAGCAAGUCGAUGAAGCUUGUUCUUUUUACAACACUUCGCCUCAAUAUUACUUGUUAUCCCCCCGAUCAAUGUGUGUGUGUGUGUGUGUGUGUGUUGCACUGACAUGAAGGCCAACAAGCUGACUGCUACUUUAAUGACAGCAAUGAGCUGGAAUCGAUUGACUGGGGUUUUUAAAUAGUUUCAUUUUUUAUAUGUGUGUAAAAAGGCCCAGCAGAAGAACUAUAAAGGAUCAGAAUCAACAAUAUUUAAAAAAAACACAAAACACAUGCAAAAAAAAAAAAAAAAAAAACGCCUGUACACGCAUUCAGGAACACAUGACAGCAGAAUGAUUUUGGGAACAUGCCAUGGAUGCCAUGCCCCCCCCCACCCCACCCCCACCCCCACCCCCACCCCAACCCCAUGUUUGGGUUCAGUACCUCGAUCAACUUCCGGCUCUUGUUUUGAAAACUCAGCGUGCUUGUGGCGCUGGAGAGGGGUGCACAGUUUGUCUCCUGUUUACCUUGCCAUCUCUCAUCAUUCCCGCAUCCACUACUCACAAAAUGUUAGGCAGAUUUGGCUUUUGGGUGAAAUUUCAGAAUGAACAUAAAAUGCCUUAACCUUUACAGGUGACCUUAACAUAACCUUCUCUCAACUUUUGAAUGCAUCUAUCCAUCUGUACUGCUUGUCUUCAUUCUUAGUAAUGUUGAGCUAUUGCAAGCAUGUUUUUUUGUUACUGAACACCUUUUAAAAUAGAAUUGAAUAUUAGUUUUACAAACUAUUUCCCUUGAAUUCUGUACUAGUAAUCCACCAAUUUGUUGCGUAGAGUGUUUUUCCUGCGCAUACAAUUUGGAGGUGGCUACCUCCGCCUAAAUUCGACCACCUACAAGCUCUGAUAUCAUGAAAACUGUUAUUAUCUGACCAGCGUUUUCGCUAAGAUUGUGGAGCAUCGCCGUAUCAAAAACAGUUGGAAAUUACUCUUAACUCUGUCGACAGAUGUGUUGGGCAAUUUUGUGAUUUUUCAAAUCGGUAAAUUUUAAGUUCAUUUUCAACAAAAGCUCAAUAAUCCCUCACAUUUUGUGUGAAGUGGAUGCCAGUGUUUUAGUCCAGGGGAUUGUUAUUUGCAUUGGAACUGCUGCUGUUGAAAAUCUCUUUUUUUUCUCUCGGAGCACACUGUUCUUAUUCUUGUGUUUUAUUGCAUUGUUUUUCUCUCCUGUCUUGUGUUGGACAGUCUGAUAUAAUGAGAUACAAGAGGGAGAGCGGUCUUGUUCUACUGCACGCGCACACACGCACGCGGAUCGAGCCUCACGUCAUCUCUUCCUUUUGGUCAGGAAUGCCGGUUCACGUCCGCGCGUACUGUCUGUCCAACAUCACGCGAUAUCACGUCGUGAAUCUUCACGGUCUGCUGCAAGAUGGGAGAUUCCAGUUACAAGCCGCACAGACACAUCGUGCUAGCCAAGCAUGUGCAGUGGAUAGAGGAAUUGUACACACCAGUUUAAAAAAAAAAAACAAAAAAAAGUGAGCUUUUUUUCUGACGUUCACAUUUUUUCCCAAAACAUGUGAUUUAUAACUUCUACGAUUCAAUUGAAAAUGAAACACGUUCGUUAUGAGGAACAUAUAUUAACGAAAAUACAGCUUGCUCACUGUAAAACUAGUACUUAACUCGAAACUUAACCCUGCCAUUUGAAAUCCAACUUGAAACUUUAAUCCUGUCUUGAAACCUGACUUUGAAAACCUAACGCAGGCUCGAAGCCUAAACCUUGUUUGGAAUCAGGCUUUAAAGCCUCAUUUGAAACUUAAAACCCCUUAAACUGUUUGAAACCUUAAACUCAGGGAUGAAACGCUUACUGUCUUAAAACCCUAUUUCCAAACUCCAUUAUAUGUUCUUUGACUUUCCCUUCCCUUUAUAGUAUUUCACCACUCUUCCAGACAAAACUAUUUGAAAUGUGUCAGAUUGCGUGGCCAUUUUGUGUGCACAGUCCCCUACAGGUAACACCACAGAUUUUAUAUAGAAUUUAGGUCUGGGCUCUGGACUGUUGUUAAAUAAAUCCCUCCACCUUGACUAAAGAAAAAAAAAAAAUGGUGCAAAAAUAUGUAAACAUAUUUUUGUAGUUGUAUUUAAAAAUAUAUAUAUAUAUUCCUGCCAACAGAUAUAUUUUCAUUUUACCAUUUCAAUGGUACGGGUAUAAGUCCCUUUUUUUUUUCAAAAUCAAAUCGUUCCAAAAUUAUUUAUCAUGGUGUCAUUUUUUUUUUGUUAAAUUGGGGUAAAAAAAAACCCAACAUAUUCUAAUAGGUGUUGACUUUCUCUAUCCAGUGUCCAGAUACAACCACGUCACCUCAUCCUUUUCUCAAGUUGAAGCAACAGUGUCAUGUUGUUCUUUCUGUGGCUGACAUGGUGUCAGCAUCUCAGGCUGCUGUGUUGGAAAUCAGUGAGGCAUCUUGUGGCAGUAUUAAAAAAAUGUUUUUCUUUUGCUUUGUGCAUAUAAUUAUUCAACUAGCUAAGUAAUGUACAGUAUACUCCUCCUUUGAGGAAAAGGCCCAGAAAGUGACAUAACUACCUGAAAUUAUACAACCCCAACUCCAAUUAAUUUGGUAUGUUGUGUUCAAAUUUUCCAAAUCAUUGUAUUCUGUUUUUACUUAUGUUUAACACAACGUCCCAACUUCAUUGGAAUUGGGGGUUGUAGAAACAAGAGGAUUUCAGGAUUAUUUUAGAGUUUGGAUACAAUAGUCACAGGCUAUCAAGUUAGGUGAAAGACAAUGUCAAAGUACAAAAAGUGGUUGUGUAAGUGAUUUUUGGAUGGUGACGGUACUUAAAGCUUGUUCACAUAUAGAAAUAAAGGUAAAAGGGGCGAAAUUGCUAGGACAGUGACUCACAUAGUUGACUUUUAUAGUAUGUCACUAAGUCAGGAUAUGUGACAAAGUAAAUGGAUGGAGGGAGGAAAAGGCAAAUGCAUUUGGGUGCACGAGCAGCAAUGAUCUUUCUCUUUUGUUUGACUUGCGACUCCAAUUGGUAGAAAUGAAAGCUUUGAUUGUGCCAAAAUGUCCUCUUGUAAUGUCUAAUCAUGAGGCACGAAGGCUGCAUGUCAGGCUGAAAGCCCUGCAAGGUGUUGUUCUUUUGAUUAAAAAAUAAAAUGCACUGAAAUGUA